UCUAUUAAUAUGGCAAAAAUACCUGAAUGGAAGAAAGCAAUUCAAUCCUCUUUAAAGGAAAACAUCUCUAAAAUAGGCUCUUCUGCCACUUAUGCUUCUUUAGCAACUGUCCGAGAAAACAACACACCUGCUGUUCGAACUAUUGUUAUUAGAGGUUUUGCAGGUGAACACCAUAAAGAGCAAGUGGGCUGGCAAAGCAAUAUUCUCCUUAUUAUGACAAAGAACAGUUCAGCUAAAGUUAAAGAACUCACAAAGAACCCUAAAACUGAAAUAAACUGGUAUAUGGACGGUACAAAGGAGCAGUUCCGUAUUGGUGGUACAAUUGAUAUCAUUGAAAAGAAUUUCGAUCAAAGCAAGCUAAACCAUUUGAGUGCAAGCGUAACAAAAACCAACCAAGGCGCUGAGAAUGACAAAAAAAGCCUAGGUUUACAGUCUUUUUUGAAAAGACAAGGCGAUAAAGACAAGUUUGAUUGGGAAGCAGAAAGAUUGCGACAGUUUAUACAGUGCAGUAGUUCUUUAAGAGCCGAUAUGAUUCGUGGCGACACAAAAGAGCUUGAAAUUAAAAGUAUUGACUUAAAAACUGGUUGGUUUCAAAACGAUGACAUCCAGGAUUUACUAGAACAAUCGUUUGAGAAGUUUACCUUACUAGCCGUAACUGUUCAAUCUGUAGGCUAUUAUUCUGCUGAAACAGGUAACAUGAAAUCAAUGUUGUAGUCACAUGAAUCAAACUUCAUCAUGCGCAUAAUAAAAAUUUUGAAUAAGCUUUUUUUUCUUUCUUUUCUUUUAUUU